GUCGGUCCCACCCCAGCCGAGCCAAGCCAGGCACCAGCAGCACCCACGGGCCUCCGCUCUGCGCCUGUCUGAGGAGAACCACGUGACCUGCGCACACGGCAGAGACACGGCGCGCGUGAAGGGUCUGCUCGGGCUGCAGGAGGAGUGUCUGUGAGGAACAAGCCAGAGGACAACAAAAAGAGCUAUAAGCUACACACACCACAACAGACAUGGCAGAGCAGCUGCAGAGGGUGGUGGCCGACAAGAAGGACAUGGUGGAGACCAUCAUGGAGGUGUUUGAGCAGGGAGCUGAGGUGGUGGCCAGUAUCGCUGGAGACAUUUUCCCCGUGUUUGCCAUUGCAGCGCCCAUUGUCAAACUGGCCCUGGACAAUGUGGAGAGCAAGGAAGCCACCUACAUGAAGGAGCAGUUCCAGAAGGUCCGUGAGCGUCUGGAGGUGGUCUCUGAGCAGAUCCAACGCAUCAAUGACGAGAUCAAGAGGAGUGGAGUGGACGCCGCCUACUUCUCUGUGGAGGAGAACAUCACCAACCAGUUCAGGAAGUACAUGGACAUCCUCAACGCCAAGCCCAAGUUCAGGGAGGUUAAGAAGAAGCUGUUCCUGGAGCACUUUGCUAAAACUGGAGGAGAUAAGAAUCUACACAUUCUGUACAAUGCUGUGACAGGAGACAACUUCUCAGGAGAGCCUGUGCUGGAGAUCAUCAUGAACUACGAAGAGAAGAACCGCAGGGUCAUGGAGGUCUUCUGUGCACGUAUGAAGAAGCUCUUCUGUAUAGGUUUGAUCGCUCUGCUGGGCCAUGCUGCGCUCAAAGACUAUGGAGAGGAGGAGCAGCUCCUACAGGAGUGGAACGAGAAGAUGCAGACGGUGCAGAAGAGGAUGAAUGCAGUGAUAGAGGACUGUAUCCUCAGCUUCCCCAAACUGGCCGAGCAGGACUCUCGGCGAGUGGUGCGUGACCAGCAGGGCCUCAGCUGCCAGCAGCUGGCCCAGGCCAUCCUAGACAAGCUGAAGCAGAGGUAUGACUGGGUGUCCUGGUCUGUGAGAGUCUUCCGCUCUCCCAAAGGUCUACUGGCCAGAAAGAGGGACUUCCACUGCUCCACGGGGAAGAACCGCUUCCAGGUGCCUUCUUCAGAGGACAGUCUGAAUGUGGUGGUGUCCUACAGCUCAUCCCCAGAGCCUGUGGACAGUGGACAUGUCUCCCAGAUCAUCCAGGGCCAGAAGAAGGUGUCUGUGGUUCCCACAGCUGAGCUGCUCUUCAGGGAGCUGCCUGGGGACUGUGUGGUCCACACCAUCAAGACCAAGGAUGUGGCCUGUGUCUCCAGCUUCAAGUCUGAGCUGCACUACUGGGAGGAGCACGAGAGGAUGUAUGUGUGUGUUCACUCUGCCUGAGGAGCAGACACCAAGCGUCCUCAGUCUGCCUGAAUAUGUUUAUGUCGUCAUUUAUGUAGAUAUAUGUUUCUUACUAAUAACACAAAUAGAGCUGCACAGUGUAUGUGACUAUAACAAUCAAACAUCAUUGAAAUGUGUUAUGCCAAUGUCAACAAUGCUCCAUGUGCCUCAUGAAUGAUUGUGUUUACUGCUGUACAGGUUUAGCUUGAAUGAAGAGGAAUUCACCACUUUGUCUGAUAUAUUCAAAUGUAUUUUGAUCUGAUCUUGUAAUGUAAUAUAAGCCUCGGAAAUGAAUAUUUGUACCAUGAUUUUUACUGUAAUGGUUAGUUCGUGCUUUAUAGACACUCAUGUAUCCCCAUGCACAAUAUGUGAUCUGAAUGUGGUUGGAAUAAAGCUACACUAUGGCAU